AGAGGGAGGUAUCAGGUUGCUGCACUUCGCCUGUGGGUUGUCACUGUCUAAUAAUAUGACCGUUUUGCCAUCUCUCUGCGAAUAAGGCAGAAGCUGCUACCUGAUUGGUAUAACAUCUCACUUUCCCUCCUCAUUGAUUUUCCUGUUCCCCUCCUUUGCUUCAUAAAACAGAGGGACAAGUGGCUGGUGCUGUGGACGGAGAAGCUUUAUUUUUAGUAUGAGACAACCUUUAUUUUCUUUCAGGAGAGGGAAGUUGGAUUAUCAAUUCUUUUGUAAAUGUGUAUGGUGAUAUUUGCUCCGCUUUUUGCAAUCUUUGCAUUUGCAACAUGCGGUGGCUAUUCCGGAGGCCUGCGGCUGAGUGUGGACUGUGUCAACAAGACGGACAGUGACCUCAGCAUCGACAUCGCAUUCGCCUACCCAUUCAGGUUGCACCAGGUGACCUUUGAGGUGCCCACCUGCGAGGGAAAGGAGCGGGAGAAGCUGGCACUGACUGGGGACUUCUCGUCGUCAGCAGAAUUCUUUGUCACCGUCGCCGUGUUUGCCUUCCUCUACUCCUUGGCCGCCACUGUCGUUUACAUUUUCUUCCAGAACAAGUAUCGGGAAAACAACCGGGGUCCGUUCAUUGACUUCAUCGUCACUGUGGUCUUUUCAUUCUUGUGGUUGGUGGGUUCAUCUGCUUGGGCGAAAGGACUGUCUGAUGUCAAGGUCGCGACAGAUCCCAAAGAAGUAUUGUUACUGAUGUCAGCUUGCAAACAGUCGUCCAACAAAUGCAUGGCUGUCCACAGCCCUGUGAUGUCCAGCUUGAACACUUCUGUGGUCUUUGGAUUCUUGAACUUCAUCCUCUGGGCUGGAAACAUCUGGUUUGUCUUCAAGGAGACCGGCUGGCAUUCCUCAGGACAGAGAUAUCUCCCAGACCCGAUGGAGAAGCACGCGAGCAGCUAUAACCAAGGCAGGUACAACCAAGACAGCUAUGGGUCCGGAGCGGGGUACAGCCAGCAGGCCAGUCUGGGGCUGUCCUCCGAUGAGUUUGGCCAACAGUCCAGUGGCCCUGCCUCCUUUGCCAAUCCAAUUUAACAGGGUAGUUCUUGCAUUCUUCUGGAGAUAGCCUCACCACCUUCCAGCGGCAGAAGAAUUUUUUAAGAGUUUCAGUCACUUAUUAAUGCAGAGAGUGUUGAAUGUAAAUCAGAGAUCUGUAAUCCUCAUUAAGGCCUGUGUCAUGAUAAACAGUACUUAGAGAUGACAUGAGAUUUAUUAUUCAUCAAAGAUGGCUAACUGGAUAUUGUACCUUGUUAUAUACACAGAUACUUUCAUGGUCGUUUUCUAUGUCUCUAGUAUGAGUCUCUAGUAUGUAAUAUGCAUAAAGUAAACUAAAUAGCACUGAGGUUUUCCUAUGCAUUUUAAUGGUUUCUAUAAGACAAUUUGGUGUAUCACAAUGUGCAUGUAUUAUUUUUUAGUUUUAGGCCCUAUAGGAUUGUGAAUCUCUAAGUAUUUGUUUCAGACAGUUACUCUGUUUUUUUUCUUUUUUUUACUUGAUGAAUCAAUACUCAUAUGAUUUAGUGCAUGAAUAGGCAUUUUCUCACAAAAUGAACAUCUCAGUGGUACUCAUGAGAAUUUUCCAGUUUGCACCAUGAAUUUGUUAAAUGGGUAUUUCAAAAAGUACAUUCAUACUUUGUAUACUUGCAACUUUGUUUCUCUGGCUUCACCAAUUCUGAAUGCAUUAUAUCUAAGGUUCGGGGUUCUUUUUUCCCCAUUAGUAGAUAUUCAGUGUUAAUAUGAUAAUUGCCCAAUAUUUAUCCUAUUUACUUAGCUAAAUAUUUACAUUCUUGUAACUUUCUAUGGUAUUUUGUGAAUCUUAUCCUAUGGACCAAGAACAAAAGUCCCAAUAACUGUUUGUGCUUAUAAAGUGCUGUUUUCUUAGAAUAAUAGCAAUGCAGAUAUCAGACACCGUAGACAAGAAGCUAUUGUGUUGACAUAUUAAAGAGGAUACUCUGUAGAACCUAGACUACGAGCUAAACUUUUAAAUCCUAUUUGUUCAUAAAGUUAAUAUGUUCUUCAAUUCAGUUAUUAAAUUUUCCAAGUCUUGGCUCAACUUACUAAUUACUAAUUCUAAUUUUAAUGUUACCCGUAAAUUAAAAGUUACUUUCAUGAGCCACUCCAUAUCUCAAAAGGGUUUUCAUGAAAGAUUCCUUAGAAUGAAUGAAUUAUCAAGAAAAUGCCAAUUUCUGACUCUUUGUUUUAACUCAGUUGAAGCACCAGGGUCAAAUUUGAGGGAAAUCUAUGUUUCUAGAUAAAAGUUGGUAUCAAUGUACAAGCUCAUUGUGUGAUCUGUGAUGUUGGAAACACUUUAACACACACAAAAAAAGUGUUAGAUGAUAUCUGUAACCAGUGUCUGGAUCCUCUGAGAUAAAUAUGUAUUGUGAUAUCUAUUUGACCUUAAUAAAGUUAUUACAUACAAUGCCGGCUGGAUAAUGGAGAAUCACAAUAGAACCUGCUUUAGCUUUAACAACAAAAGAACAAGAGGUAAAUGUAGCCUGUCAAAUGUGGCUCACUGAUUGAGCAUCAACCCAUGCACCAAGAGGUCA